GUCAUCGGCAAAACACUGCGUAAACGCCGACAUGCUUCUUGAAACUUUGCGAGUGAACGUCAUCUUCGACAUCCGUACAACCACAUCACCGAUCUUCGAUCCACUACAUCUCUUCACUUCUACACACAUACACAAGAUGUUCGGAGCACCACCCCAGCCAUCCAAGCAGGAGCUUGAGCGCGCCGAGGCGCAGACAAUGACAGACAUCAAGUGGACAGCUGCGUCAGCUGUUGUUCUUUACUUGUCGCCUUUCCUUGUCGACUACGUCUACAAGCUCAUCUAAACGAUUGCGAGCAUCGAAACUAUGACUUCUUGCGACAACUGUAUGAUCAUUCGGCGGCGUUCGUGCGAUCUGUAUCAUAGUGCGCUUGAAUGUAAGCGCUUGUACAACAUGAUGGAAGGUACCGGGCAACAUUCGUGGACAUGGACGAGAGCACGAUAGAUCAGGAAACACCUGGAUUCAUGACGAAUUCGAGGAAGAGAUGGAGCAAGUAAUGGCACUAAGCUUUGUGCUAUGGACUCGAUGAGCCACAAUGUGGUAUCCGCAAUGCCAACCUUUUCGCCAAUGAGAUGAUUGAUAAAUGCUCUUCCAAUCGUACAUGCCAAUGUUCUAUACUCAUCGCGUCGCUGGCUUCUGCUCUUGGACUUUCUCGUACUCGUCGUACUCUUGUUUGGUGUCGUCGACCCAUUUUUUAAGGUGUUCGAGUUGUCUAUCGUAGUCUUUCAGGAGCUGCGCGUAGUGUUAGUCUAGUAUUUCAUAUGGAUAUGCAAUGAACGUA